GGGACGUGUGUGAAAGCCGCAGCGUGUUUUUCCAGAUCGGAUCUCCGAGACCUUUGGACACCGAUUUACCCGAGACGAGCUCCUGAGGGAUGGACAGAGGAAUAGGCACAGGGACGGAGAAAACAAAAGAGAGAAAGAUAGAUGGAUAGAUGCAGAGGCAGAUAAAGAAACAGACACAGGUAGGUUUGGAUUCUACUGCUUCUCCUCUUCCACUCAGGGGGAAACAGCUUGUCGGUGUCCGGAGCCGAGCGGAUCAGAACGCUCACAGACGAGUCACGCUCUGCCUCUAAUCAGACACUUUCUCAUGUCGGCUCGCUGCUCGCUGUGACGGGAGGUCGGCCGUGACAGAUGUGUCCAGGUGUUCGUCGACGAGUUCUGCAGCUUUUCUGUCCUUUUCUGUCGAUGUGACUGCGGCACCUGAGGGUCAGGACGCUUCACACGCUGACACACUGACAGGUUGCAGAUUUACACCGCUGGUGAGGGACGGAUCAGGACGCCGUGCUGCCCGGGAGGAAAGUGAAGAGCGUUUGAGCGUUUAUUUCACACCGCGUCCGGCUGAAGUUCCGAUAAAGUCUCCAGAAUCUCGGCUGGUGGAACGCUGGAAAAUUUCAAGCAGUCCUGAACCUUCAUCAAUGUCAUCGAAGCACUGUGUUGCAUUUUCCCCCGGAUUCGGCGAUCAUCUCUGUUCAGCUCUCAAAAUCACUUAGUAUUCCAAACUGAAGGUCCAUACCCACCGAAACGUUUCCAAUGCUCACGGGGAACUGUGUGCUCCUGUUCCUCUGGUAUCUCCUGGACAAGAGCUUUGUUUCUCCAAUGCACAGGUGGGGAAAGGAGCACCAUGGGGGUCUGAGGGAGCACAGGAGGCACGGCAUGGCCGGCAUCCAAAGAGUCAAGCGAGGUUGGGUGUGGAACCAGUUCUUUGUGUUGGAGGAGUAUAUGGGAUCUGAGCCGCAGUAUGUUGGAAAGCUACACAGUGACCUGGAUCGAGGAGAUAACUUGGUGAAGUACACGCUGUCCGGAGAUGGAGUCGGCUCCAUUUUCACCAUCGAGCCCAGCACGGGAGACAUCCACGCCUUAAGGAGCCUAGACCGUGAGGAGAAGGCAUACUACACGCUGAAGGCGCAGGCUGUGGACGUAUUCACAGGGAGAGCCCUCGAACCCGAAUCCACGUUUGUCAUCAAGGUCCAGGACAUCAACGACAAUGAACCUAAAUUCCUUGAGGGGCCAUAUGUAGCUAGCGUCCCUGAGAUGUCACCUGUAGGCACGUAUGUGACGCGAGUCACAGCCAGCGAUGCAGACGAUCCCACGUACGGGAACAGCGCGCAGAUCGUUUACAGCGUUCUACACGGCCAGCCUUACUUUUCUGUAGAACCCAAAACCGGUGUGAUAAGAAUUGCGUUACCCAACAUGGACCGGGAGAUCAAAGAGUCGUACCAGGUCAUGAUUCAGGCCAAAGAUAUGGGCGGACAGCUGGGGGGUCUGGCUGGAACCACCACCGUCAACAUCACCCUCACCGAUGUCAACGAUAAUCCACCGAGGUUUGCUAAAAGUGUCUUUCACCUGCGAGUUCCUGAAUCGGCGCCGGUGGGUUCCUCGGUGGGAAAGAUUAAAGCUCACGAUCUGGAUGUGGGGACGAACGCCGAGGUGGAGUACAAGAUCGUACCAGGAGACAGCAGCGCAGUGUUCGACGUCCACACCGACGCUCGCACGCAGGAGGGCAUUGUUGUGCUCAAACAGCCGCUGGAUUACGAAAGCAGGAAGACAUACAGUUUUAAAGUUUCUGCCUCGGACCCGCGCAUGGACGCCCGUUUCCUGCAGGGCGGCGCACACAGUGACUCGGCCGUGGUGAAGCUGAGCGUGAUGGACGUGGAGGAAGCACCGAUCUUCAGCAGCUCUGAGUACAGCAUGGAGACACGAGAGGGUUCUGCAAGGAACGCCAUCGGGGCGGUGAAUGCCCAUGACCCUGACACGGGGCACAGUCCGAUCAGGUACUCGGUCGAGUGGAACGCAGACGCUGAGAAUUACUUUGACAUCGAUCCUGUCGAAGGCACGAUUUCAUCCCGAGAGCCGCUGGACAGAGAAGCGACACCGAAACUCAACAUCAUCGUUGUUGCAACGAAAAUCCACAAUCCGCUCCUGUUCAGUCGGGUCAACGUCACAGUCACGGUGCUGGAUGUCAACGAGUUUCCUCCAGAACUUUCUGCUCCAUUUGAGGCAUUCGUUUGUGAGGAUGCAAAAGUAGGCCAGGUGAUCCAGAUCCUCAGUGCUACAGACAGAGACAUGCCCAAUUUAGGACACAGAUUCUUCUUCAAAUCUCCCCGAGAAAACCGGAACAGGAACUUCACCAUCCGAGAUUACGGAAACAACACGGCUGGGCUUCUGAACAGACGCACCGCAUUUCGGCGGAUGGAGAAGAGCGUGUACGAGGUGCCAGUCGUGGUGGAGGACAGCGGGUUUCCUGUCCUGAGCAGCACAGGGACGCUAAGCGUCCGGGUCUGCGCUUGCGACGUCUCCGGCUCCGUCCUGAACUGCAGCACCAAUGCUUUCCUUCUGCCUCUGGGUCUCAGUACCGGAGCUCUGCUGGCCAUUCUGCUGUGCGUGAUCAUUCUGCUAGUGAUUGUGGUGCUGUCCGUGUCUCUGAAGCGCCACAGGAAGAAAGACGCUCUGAUGUCCUCCAAAGAGGACGCGCGUGACAACGUGAUCCGCUACGAUGACGAGGGCGGCGGCGAGGAAGACACGCAAGCCUUCGACAUCGGGACUUUGCGCCACCCGGAGGCCGUGGAGGAGACGUCCGUCCACCGUUACGAUCUGAGGGACGAUGAGGACGGCGAGGACGUUCACGUGUACCUCCAGCAGCGGUUACAGGAGAACCACAUGGACGCCACGGAACUGCCGUACGACUCUCUGGCUACGUUCGCCUACGAGGGCGAGGGCUCCGUGGCCGAGUCGCUCAGCUCCAUCGAGUCGCGGCAUCACGAAUCCGACAUCAACAAUGAUCUGACAUCAAUCGGAGACCUGGGGCCACAGUUUUACACUCUGACUCUGAUCCUGGGUGGGAAACAUGAGGGCGAAGAUGAAACGUGUCUCCCGCAUGCCGAGGGAUCAGAACCGAGACGAGACGACUGAUGCCAUUUUAUUAUUAUCAUUAUUUUAUUAUUAUUUUUUUUUUAGGAAGCAGCUCUGUGAAAGUGAAACGCCUGCGAAGAUCAUUUCAGGCUCAACACUUUGACCGAGAUGGUAGGAGAGGCAUGGGGUGUUUUUUUUUUUCCUUACUUCUUCUUUUU